AUGGCUUCCUCCACCCUUCUCAAUCUUCUCACCCUAGCCUUCCUGCUUAUCUCCACCGCUGCCAACUCCCCGGCACCCUCUCCAGCACCCACCGCCGAAUCACCAACGUGGAAAUGGACACCUUCUAACGAACCACCCUCCUCUCCACCCACUGCGGAGCCGCCAAUGACGACAACGUCUCCACCUUCGCCUACAAUAUCUCCCCCGCCCACCCCACCGGAGCUCAGCCCCGUUCCAACAUCCUAUGCACCCACUUCGCCGCCCAUGGCUAACCCACCUACAUUGUCGCCGACCGCUCCACCGCCGGCAGUGAAGAGUCCAAGUCAUGCCCCGUCGCCGGCGAAAACAAAAGCACCGGCUCCAGCUCCGUCGAAAACUAGUCCGGCGCCAGCAAAGGCACCGAAAUCUUCUAAAGCUCCGGUGAGUAGUCCUCCGUCACCGAAUGGACAGAUGGAGCCACCGACGCCAUCCGUAGCUCCGGCACCGUCGAAAGAGGGUAACGGCGCCGGUGCAAACAGAUUCGCCAUUGGUGGGUCUAUUGCAGGAUUAAUGAUUGCGGCUUUUAUCGCUUAA